GCGUUUUGGGACCAAAUGCUCGGGUUGUGGUCAAGGGAUCUCGCCCACGGAUUUAGUGAGACGUGCCCGGACAAAAGUAUUUCAUCUCUCGUGCUUCACGUGCCUGGUGUGCCGGAAACAGUUGUCAACAGGAGAAGAGUUGUACGUAUUGGAUGAACAUCGCUUUGUGUGUAAGGACGACUACCUCAACAGCCGCCACAAACCACCCCUCGUCUCAAGUUCUCCACGUGGACAGACCGAGAUAGAUGAAUCGAAUGACCCUAUCGCUGACACGAAUGGUUUCGCCAGUAGCAAUAGUAAAAAAGAACAUAGCUUGGAUCGAGAAGUCAUCACUCGACAAGGGAAAGGCGGGACUCUAGUUAAUAGUCCAGAUUCCGACUGCUAUACUUCACCAGCAGGGGUGGUGGGUAGCACCAAUGGCAAUAGCCAGACAACAGGAACUGAAGUUGCUAAUAACAUAAAUGACCAUAAAAAUACUAAUGACAGUGAUGGUCAAAAUAGUAGCACCAGCUCCACCGGUCAGAAUUUUGGGACUAAUCCAAAUGAUGAGAAUGCUCCAGGAUCUAAAAGACGUGGACCGAGGACAACAAUUAAAGCCAAGCAGCUGGAGAUGCUUAAAGCUGCUUUUGCUGCCACGCCCAAACCCACGCGUCACAUCCGGGAGCAACUGGCACAAGAGACUGGUCUUAAUAUGCGAGUUAUCCAGGUUUGGUUCCAAAAUCGAAGAUCUAAGGAGAGAAGAAUAAAACAGUUGAGUUCGUUAGGGGUUCGUCGGCACUUCUAUCGCGGACCCAGACGUGCCAUGAGACCGCUACGAUCAGGCCUCUCCCCGGACGGACUAGCCGACAGUCCUGAAAUGAUAGGUGGGCCUAACUCCGGGUUUGGAUAUUUCUCAGACUCCGGAAGCCCAUGCGAUUUCCCCUAUGGACCUCAUGGCCCUUACGACUACUACACUGUCCACCAGACACCCGAAGGCAUCCCUUUUCCACCAGGAACCAUGGUUCGAACACCUGCAUCGGUAGGAACUGUGGAGCAACGUAUGGGGUCAGCUUUAGGCUCAGGUCAUAACAAUAUAGUUACUGAUGGACCUUGUUUGCACGCGCACAGUGACCUCAUGCUUCAUCGGUCAAGCCCAGACAUGAGGCCAUGUCUUCUUCCAGGUAUGAUUCCUGAUGGCUACUGCCCACCUAGGUCAUCUCUGGACAGUGUGUAUCAUGGAGGACUAUCCCAUCAUUCUUUAAGUGAAACACCUGUUUGGUGACGUCAUUCUCGUUGAAUACUAAAUUCACUGACACCAGAAGUCGCUUCUAGAGGAGUAGAAAAUCGCUGAUUUCCGCCUUAACCCACACUCAAUCUAAAAAACUGUUGCCUGCUGUGAAAAAACAAAAACAAUACGUCCUGGAGAGAGAGAACAUGAUCACAGUGACACCUAGUGAAUGUUUUUGUAACAAAAGCGUUAAUAUCUUUUUUAAAUAAAAGAUUCUGAUUUA